AAAAAGGGAGCAACCGGGUGACAUGAAUGGCAGGCAUUCCUCUUUCCUUAAAUUCGAUUUUUCCUAUACUAAUGUUCAUGGAUUUUGAAAAUUGACUGCAUCAUAAUGUGGACUGAAUUUUUUAUCAAAUUCAGUCUCCAAUUCAAAAGUUGGAUUGGGACAUCAUUCAGUUUGAAAAAAUGGUUUGGAUACGGUGUGUAUAUAUAUAUUACGAUACACGGCCCAGGACAGGACGUUUUAGUGACUUGAAGGCCCCAAGUACAAAUCUCUGUGACUAAGUCAGCAAAUUACACAGGCUAAAAAUCUCUGCGACCAAAUCACCAAAUAACACCACGAUCAAAACUGGAGAAACGGGAAGAAUUUAAAAUAGCCAAAACGAGUUAGCAGUUGCAUUAAGAAGACCAACGAAGAAAGCAAACCACCAACGUUCAAAACUCCAUGAAUUCAACUUCAAGGCAUAAGUACAAGGGGAAACAAAGGUGGGGUUUGCACUUUUGGAGUCAAAUGGGUCACCGCCCCACCCACACCAUUUGAAAUUUGAAUGAACCCCACCCUUCUUCCCUCGCCUGCUUCACUCCUCCCACCGUCUCUGGAGCCCGCAGGGUUGUUGCGGCCGGUCCUCUCUGGAGCUGUAACGCCGCACGCCAGAUCUUCUUUCAGCUUCUUCAAUGGGGAGGAGCGCCAGUCCGCUGCUGAAGCAGGAGCUUGCGAACCUCGAAAAGGAUUCGAACACGCGCCGAUCUGCCAUGAAAGCUCUGAGAUCUUACGUGCGAGAGCUUGAUUCCAAGUCUAUCCCUCAAUUCCUAGCCCAAGUCUCAGAAUCGAAAGAAUCAAAUUCUUCAUCGUACGAGCACACCAUCUCUCUCUAUGAAGUCCUUGCUCGUGUUCAUGGAAAGAAUAUAGUUCCCCAGAUCCGAAACAUCAUGUUGACUAUCAUCUCCACCUUGACCUCAAGUGCUGGUUCUUUCCCACUCCAUCAAGCCUGCGCGAAGGUUGUACCUGCCAUUGCACGUUAUGGAAUCGAUCCUUUGUCUCCUGACAAUGAAAAGUUGUCGAUUAUUGACUCUCUAGCUCGGCCCCUGUCGGAAGUUCUAAUGGGACGUCCUGAAUGCUUAGCUUCUGGUGCUGCCCUUUGUUUGAAAGCUCUUGUGGAAUCUGAUAAUUGGAGAUUUGCUUCUGAUCAGACAGUGAAUAUGGUUUGCUUGAAUUUAUCUGGAGCUCUUGAAGAGAAGGUAACACAAAUGCAUUCUCACAUGGGUCUUGUAGUGUCUCUUGCAAAGUGCAGUCCAUUGAUCCUAGAGGGAUAUGCUCGGUCACUUAUAAGAUCGGCUAUCGACAUAUGUGGACCUGGGGAGACUGAAAUAUCUGCACAGAAGCGCUUGAACGCAAUCCAACUAAUAAACUCCAUUUUGAAACAUGUAGACCCAAGUAGCAUUUGUUCCGAAAUGGAGCAAAUUCUCCUCUUCUUGGAGAAAUGCCGCUCUGACCAGUUGAUGUUUGUAAGGAGUGCUGCCACCGAAGCUCUUCUAAAUGCAAGAACCAUUGCAGUAGUGAAGAAACUAAAAAUCAAUGCCCUUUCAAUGGUGAAUGAGUCUUUCGUUUCUCAAAAAAAAGAUCGUAGUAUGAGUCCAUACAGUGCAGAGUCCACAAUCACCUGUAACCACUCUCCUAGGUCUGUAACGCCUGAUUCUGAGACAGUGACUUCUUUUGCUACAUCACCCAUUUCGCCUGCUCAGUCAUACUGCAACUUUGGAAGGCCUACAAAUCGUAGGCUUUGGAUGGACACUCAUAGUGCUGUAGAUGUUUCCUUGAAAGAUGGUCUUUAUUCUUCAAGCAUGAUAGAUGGGCAUACAGGUUUUAUUGGUACUAGCUUCAAGGAAGAUCCCAAACGCUUGAUCGACGAGGAUGUUACUUAUACGGGAGCUGAACUUUCUGAAGAGUUUACUGGGUUUGGUUCAAAUUCUGAAAUUUUGGAGGCAGAAAAUGAUACCCCAAAGAAGCAGUAUCCAACUAUUCCUAUAGAUGACAUCAAGAUUUUCACUACUCCCAGAAAGCUAAUGCGGUCUCUUCAAGACCAGGAUGCUGAGAGCAAUAUCUUGGAUGAAGAAUCUAGUGAUCGAAGUAGCCAGAAUUCCAACGGAUCAGAACUUAGCCCACUAAACAAAAUUCAGGGACAUCUCAAAUUGGAAUUUCGUGAAUGGAAGUCUUCAGAAGCCCCCAACAUGACUGAUUGGCAAAACAAAUUUGAAGAUGCUACAUUUCAAGCCGACAAGGUCCACCAAUCACAUUCCUGUCAUAAGACAGAGUCUGUAUCUUCAACUGAUGGGGAUCCAGUGGAAGCUGAUCAUGCCUUAUUUGAUGAAGUGGCAGAAGGAAAAAAGAAACCGCGUAUUACAGUCAAGAAAAAGAUGAACCCCAUGAUGCUCGUUUUCAGUAUAUGUUUCGUCAUAUUGCUAGUUUCUAUUGCAGUUAUGUUCAUCACCAAUGGGACAAAUCACAGGGAUACGUACAACAAUUUCGUUGCCACAUGAUACAACAAUUUAGUUUCAGGAUAAUGUAACCAAUUGUUGCAUGAUUUUUUGUAGUUGCUUUGUGACUGAUUCCAUUUUGUGUAAGUAAUAUUUUUAGCUUUUA